AGGAUAAGCAGGAGGGCAAUGCAAAAGAGGCUGAAGUGGCGCAAAGUUAAGAUGAGUAGGGGAUUGAAGACAUUGACCCAACAACAAACGAAGAUAAUGUAGAACCACUGGACUCCCAUAUUAUGCAGGUAUACACAGGAAACACACCCCCGCUGGCAGUUGAUGACAUGUCAAAACGACAGUCAAAAUGCCCAGACAGAUUCACCUUUUCUGGACCCCGAAAAGAGAAAAGGAGGAGGAAACAAGAAAAGGGAAAGGAGCAAUAUAUAGGUGAUGAUGUAGGGCAUGCAAUAGUUGGCCCAUUAAAUCUAGAUCCUUCAGAAAUGCCACAUGCAGAAUUGCUUCAAAAAACAUCAGAAAUCAUGCAUGAUGGACUACUUAAAAACCACAAAAGGAUUAAGGAGAGGAAAUACAAAACAGGAUAUGAUGAAUUUUAAAGAUCACAUGCAUGAAAGGAGGAUUGGGGGGAUGCAAUCAUUGAUAGGAAGUCACGGUACUACACGAUAUACUUCCCAUGGAUUUGGUUAAGCGACACACAUGUGGAGGUAGGGAUGUAUUUCUUAUGGAUGAAAGCUGAACAAUAUAAGCUGCAUCAGAAAUUCAGGACAACAAACACUAUGUUUAUGCGUUUGGUGAAACAGCAUUACGACAACCACAUUAACAAUGAAACGCCAGUGUGAGACAGUGCUUUAAAUAGGAAUAUAAUGGGUAUCAUACUUGAGACACGUUUGGACUACGCACUGCCAUGGGCUAAAUCAGAGCAUGUCUACAUGCCAUAUAAUACAGGUAACCAUUGAAUUACUUUGGUGAGUUGUGAAUAAAUGAUAGAAUUGUGUGACAAUAAACUAGGACAAUAUUUUUAGGGAAAUACAGGUUUUAUUUGAGGUAGUGCAGUAAAUUUAAACUCAAAAUUUGGUGACUUGUAUACAUGCCAUUGAAUACAAGUAACCAUUGGAUUCUUCUAGUGUUGGACAUAACUUCAAAGUGCAUAUGUGUGUACGAUUCUAGCGUUCGUCGGGGUCAAACAAACAUACACCUUCACCAUUACCUCCCGAGCAUGCAAAUGUUUUUACCUAGAUUGAUGGAUAAGCUAGGAGUGUACAAUGAUCGAAGUGAGGGGCCUAUUGGGGAGGACUUAUUACAGAUACAUAUGGUGAAAGAAUGCCCACAAAAAAAUGAUAGUGACAGUUGUGGAUGUGUGUGUUGAAGAUGGUUGAGUAUCUUAUGAUGGGCAAGGAUGUUGAGUGCGUGAGGCCAGAAGAUAUGAAUGCUUACCGCGACAAGAUGACGAUAGAGCUACUAGUUCAUUUUGGUGUCAUAGAAGUGUAAACUUGAAAAACUAAUGACGAAUGUUUUUUGAAUUUUGAGAGAUGGAUAUUAGGAUAAUGGAUAUAAUAGAUUGCAUUAUUGUUUUGAUUUUGAAUGUCGGCUUUUUGAGAAUAUUUA